CUCGUCGACAACGAGCCUUUCUUGUCAUCGUGCGGUGCUCCGUAAACCACAAUCACUCGAUAUAAAACAUGACUAACGUCUCAUCAGGGUCUAAGCGUGUGUGGGAGGGGCCUAACGACACCGAUUCGCACAAAAGACCUCGUGAGGACCACCGGGAUUGGAGGGAUGUCCAUUUGGACUCUCCUCGUCGGAAAGGACCACCCCCUAGCCGGAGGGAUUCAGAAGAUAGAGAUAGGAGAGGAAACGGAGAUAGGCGACCCCCGCGUGGAGACUACAGACCUCUCAGCAGAGACCGCGACUACGACAAGAGACGGCCUCGGGACUACAGCCGAGACAGGGACAGAAGAGAUGACAGGGGAAAAGAUCGUGACAGAGAAAGGGAUCGCAGCCGCGGUGAGCGCAGAGGCGAUGGCUCUCGGAGGGACAGCAGUCGCGGCAGCGACAGACGUCGGGACGACCAUCAUCGCAUUCGACGUCCUUCCCCUCCCCAUACACGAGAGAGGCACCUAAAUGAUAUCUCCGGCACGCAUACGCAGCCAAACAGAGUUCAGGACGAGAGAGAAGAAGGAGAGAUCUCCCCCAGACCCAGCCAAGAGGUAUCGCCUCGAUCUCGUCGGGGACCUUCUCCCCCUCUGUCGAAGGCGGCACGUCAAUCUGAUGCUCAAGCAAAGCAGGAGGCCCCCUCACAGCCUCAGGCAGCCUCCGAGCCGGAGAUGGAGCUGGAGCUUCCGCGUUCGCCUCCCCCCGUUCAGGAGACGCUCGCAGCACGUCGUGCAAAACGUCAAGCUAUCUUAGCCAAGUACGCCGGCAUUGCAAGCACUAGUCAGGGACCGACGCCUAGUCCAGGACCUAGCAGCCCACAGCGCCGUUGGAAGCCCUGGUCCCUCGGGGUCCGUACGCGGAGAAUCUGUGCGCGCAGCGAGUGCUGCGCCGGAGAAGCGCGAAACGGCGUCUGCGUCACCUACGCCUGGUAUGUUCUCGCUCGCGAAAGGUAACGAGGAAGAGGAGGUGCAAGCGAAGGCGCAGCAAGAUGGUGGAGGCGAACAGGUCUCCGCUGCUGACUACGACCCAAGCCUUGAUCGCCGCGAGGACGAGCACAAGCGCGUCUGGGGUACCAAGGAGGAUUCGCAAGAUGUCGAGAUGAUCGAGGAGGAAGAGGAAGAGGAAGACGUAGACGAUAUGUUCGCCGUCGCGACCACGGAGAAGAAGAAGGUGAGGAAGGUGCAGCGUGUGGUCAAACCGGCUGCCCCAGCUAUCAUCACGUCCACGCUUGAUUCCGCCGCCGAUUCUGAGGGAUACUAUCAAGUCAUCCUGGGCGAGCAGCUCGAUGGUGGGCGAUACCAGGUCUUCUCUUCCCUCGGUAAAGGCAUGUUCGCGAAUGUCGUCAGAGCGCGCGUGCUUCAAGGGGACGCGAAUGAAGUAGGGAAGGAGGUGGCGAUCAAGAUCGUGCGGUGCCAGGAGUCGAUGUUCAAGGCUGGCUUGAAGGAGACCCAGAUCCUCAACAAGCUGAAGCAAGCGGACCCAGAGGACAAGAAGCAUAUCGUUCGACUCGAGCGGACUUUUGAGCAUCGGGGCCAUUUGUGCCUUGUGUUCGAGUCAUUGAGCAUGAACCUCCGUGAAGUUGUUAAGCGCUUUGGGAAAGACGUUGGAUUGAAUAUCCAGGCCGUUCGAGCGUACGCCCACCAACUGUUUCUGUCGUUGAGUCUGUUACGCAAAUGCAACAUCAUGCAUGCGGACAUUAAACCGGAUAACAUCCUGGUCAACGAGCAGAAGACACUACUCAAGCUGUGCGACUUGGGUUCCGCUUCCGAUGCCUCUGAGAACGAUAUAACUCCUUAUCUUGUGUCCCGAUUCUAUCGCGCACCUGAGAUCAUCAUGGGCCACCCCUACGACCCCGCCAUAGACAUCUGGUCGAUCGGCUGCACGCUUUACGAGCUGUACACCGGCAAGAUCUUGUUCCCGGGCCGGUCGAAUAACCAGAUGCUGCUGCUAAUGAUGGAACUGAAAGGACGAUUCAACCAGAAGAUGAUAAAGCGGGCCAAAUUUGGUGAUAUGUACUUCGACGAGCUUGGUGCGUUUCUGAGCGUUGAACAUGAUCGCGUAACAGGAUUGGAUGCCGUCCGAAAGGUUCACAUCACGAAGCCAACGCGGGAUCUCCGGCAGCGAGUCCUGCCUCCGAGCUCGGUGAAGCUCAAGGAUGAGGAGAACAAGCUGCUUCUAUCAUUCGUGGAUCUGUUGGACAAGUGCCUCGCUCUGGACCCUUUGAAGCGGAUCACGCCCAAAGAGGCGUUAGUGCAUCCUUUCAUUCGUGGCUAGUCUAGCGUGACCACAGGUCUCAGAUAAAGAUUGCUGUGGGCUGGUGCACUGGACACAAUCCAUUUGUUCCCAUAGUGUUCGUGUGCGAUGAGUAAUGUACAUCGAUGCGAAGACAUGGUCAAUCAAAGAUACGUGUCACCCUGCG